AUGUUCGCGCGUCAAGCUUUCAGGUGCUCGCAGCCCUUCAAACAGGGCCUCCGCAAGUACUCUACUGAGGCCCCCAAGGGCAAGUCGUUGACUCCCGUCUACCUUACUGUCGGUCUCGCGGGUGCCGGUAUUGGAUUCUACCGCUACAGCACCGGUGCUGCUACCGCUGAGGCCCCCCGGCAGAAGGUUUUCGUCGGUGGUGACCAAGGAUGGGUUGACCUGAAGCUCGCGGAAGUUGAGACUGUGAGCCACAACACCAAGCGUUUCCGCUUUGAGUUUGAGGACAAGGAAGCUGUUUCUGGCUUGCAAGUUGCUUCUGCUCUUUUGGCCAAGUUUAAGCCUGCUGGCGCUGAGAAGCCCGUCAUCCGUCCCUACACUCCCACUAACGAUGAGGAGGAAGCCGGCCAGCUCGAGCUCGUCAUCAAGGCUUACCCCAACGGUCCCAUGUCGGAGCACUUCCACAGCAUGAAUGUCGGCCAGCGCAUGGAAUUCAAGGGCCCUCUUCCCAAGUACCCCUGGGAAGCUAACAAGCACGACCACAUCGCCUUGAUCGCUGGUGGUACCGGUAUCACUCCCAUGUACCAGUUGGCACGUCAGAUCUUCAAGAACCCCGACGACAAGACCAAGGUUACUCUGGUGUUUGGCAACGUCAGCGAGGACGAUAUCCUUCUGAAGAAGGAGCUCUCGGAUCUGGAAAACACCUACCCCCAGCGCUUCAAGGCCUUCUACGUCCUAGACAACCCUCCCAAGGGCUGGACCGGUGGCAAGGGCUACAUCAACAAGGACCUGUUGAAGACCGUCCUCCCCGAGCCCAAGGAGGGCAGCAUCAAGCUCUUCGUCUGCGGACCUCCCGGUUUGUACAAGGCCAUCAGUGGCACCAAGGUCAGCCCCAAGGAUCAGGGCGAGUUGGAUGGUGUCCUGAAGGAGCUGGGCUACAGCAAGGACCAGGUCUUCAAGUUCUAA